AUGGCUGGAGGGGUGCAGAUGGGUCCCUGCCAGGUCAUCGCGGGGAGCCAAUGUGGAUUCCUGUUGGCGGAUGGGGCGUCUGCUCUGGAUGCCCUGAGCGAGGUGCAGGAGCCUAUCGACGUUAAGUGGGUUUUUUGCUUACUUGUUCCUUUUCUGUGGACUUGGGUAGAUGUGCUGACCGCUACGGGGUUGAGUCAUACAACAGGACGUGGUACGUUGAGAAUUUUGAGACGGUACUUUUUUAUGGGUGAUUUUUGA